UACGCAGUUUAAGUUGAAGGGAAAGUCUGUCAGACUCACUUCUUACUACACAGGGCUACACUAUCAAAAUCAUGGGCAAACUGUCUGUCUUUCUGUUUGUUCUGUCGUUUUACCCCAUUGUCAACGCAGGUUCAGGAUCACAUUCUCUGUGGGCACUUGCAACAUAUAUAAGCGGAGAGACACCUUUCCCUGAGUUUACGGUUGUGGUGAUGUUGGAUGAUGUUCAAGUGGGUUACUAUGACUCCAACAUGAAACAGUCUGUCUACAGGGGACAACAUAUCAACGACAAAGCCGAGGAUGAGGAAGUUCAGGACGGAGCUCUUGUAUUCGGAGAUAUGUACCAGAGCAUGAAAAACAGAUUAUUUAAACUAAAGCACCACUUUAAUCUCACGGAAGGUGUUCAAGUUCAGAAAAGAAUAGCUGGCUGUGAGAUGUUGGACAAUGGUGAACCGGCCUUGGUCAUGUUUAAGAACGUUUUCAAUACAGUUUCAGUAGAUUAUGCAAUAUAUUACAACAUGACUCAUUUUACAUAUGAUGCUGGUCAACUACUGCAAGGAUGGGAUGGAAAGAGGAAAGAAGUUGAAAUAAAUAAUUUGAUGGAAGUUUACCUUCCCAUUUGCAUCAAAUCACUGAAGAGAUUCUUGAAGAGGGAGAAGAACAUUGUGAUGCGUAAAGUUCCUCCCAGACUCAGGUUGAUAAAGAAAGAGGUUUCUGGAGGGUUCCAGGUGAGCUGCCUGGCGUUUGGUUUCUACCCCCGCCACAUCAACAUGACCCUGCUGAGAGACGGCCAGCCAGUGGCAGAACAGGAGCUGACAGGGGGGGAGGUGCUGCCUAGUGGAGAUGGGACCUACCAGCUGAGGAAGAGUCUGGAGGUCAGUACUGAGGAGCUAAAGAAGAGACACAACUACACCUGUACUGCCUCUCACCUCAGUCUGGACAACAAGCUGGAUGUCAGUUGGGAGUCUGGGGCAGAGAGAGUUCACCUAUCCACCCUCUCAGCUCUACUGGUGAUGCUGCUGGGUUUUAUUCUAUUCAGCAUUUUCAUUUGUGUCAAAAGGAGGUGGAGUAACACUGUUGAUGCAAAAGUGUCAGUGGAAAUGAACCUUUCUUCAGAUUCUGAGACCUGAUACAUUUUUGGGACACUGAUGCACCUUUGUCGAUUCAGCUCAAAUCACAAUGAAAAUAUGACUCCCAGAGCACAUUUGAGGGAAGACACAAAAUGUGUGAAAGAUUCUGUUAUUGUUGGUCAGUCUUCCCUUCCUCUCAACAAAGGACUGUAAAGGAUCAGCUUGUGGAGACUGUUGACAAUAACCAACAUCUGGGCAUUAGUCCAGAUCUGUAUUUAUAUAUUUUAUAGGCUGGUUUGGCAUCCUGAGCAUUAACAAAGGUAAUCUGCUAGUUAUGUGUGUUAAGUAAUGUGUCAUUUCUAAUCAUGACUAUUCAUUAAUUUCACAAUUGGCCCAGCGUCGUCCAGGUUGGGCCGGUGUAGGCCGUCGUUGUAAAUAAGAAUUUGUUCUUAACUGACUUGCCUAGUUAAAUAAAAUAAAAUAUAUAUAUAUCUGUUCUGUAUCAGCUGAUAUCCAGUAUCUUACCCAGAAGGAGAUCAUGUGAUCAUGUGUAUGAGGUCUGUUUAUUAUUGGAAUGUCUUUACAGUGUCUCUGUGUUGUAUUGUAUGUAGUGUUUGUUACCCCCAGGCUGUACAGUAAUACCUUUAUUACAGACAAUAACAUGUAGCUGAAUUUAUUACUGCAUUGAUUCAUGUUAACUACAACAUUAAUGAAUGUAAUAAAGCAAUGCCAAGUAUACCAUAA